AUGGCUUCGUCACAAGUCACCUUUGGUCAGUACCAUAUCGCUACGCCGUGUGCGAAUCUUGUGCCACCAGUGAUCCCUGGCGCUGAAGUGUUGAGCUUUGCUGCCGAGGAACGGCACAACUACAGCUUCCCAGCACUGCCACUCUUUAAUGCACCCGCAGUCAGUGACCUCAGUUUCUGCAAUGUCACGUUGAGUCUACGACAUACCGACGCUGACGAUACUGUCUACGUCAACGUCUGGCUGCCUCUGGAGAACUGGAAUGGCAGAUAUCAAGCCACUGGCGGAGGUGGUCUCGCUGCAGGGUUUGGCGAGCCCAUGCUCGCCGGGCAGGUCGGCAAUGGAUAUGCUGCCUCGACAACCGACGGUGGCUUGACCUUGGACAAUACCGUUGAUCCGCAAACCGGUGCAUGGGCGUUGAAGGAGGAUGGUACUCCCAACGAAGCCUUGCAACUCAAUCUGGCCUGGCGGUCGAUACAUGACAUGGCCGUGUCGUCCAAGGACGCAAUCAAGCAGUUCUAUGGUUCUGACCCGGAGUACUCGUACUGGCAUGGCUGCUCACAGGGAGGUCGUCAGGGAUAUGCAGCAGCAGCCAAAUACCCCCAUGAUUUUGACGGUAUUCUGGCCAUUGCCCCGGCUCUCGAUCUGCACGAACUGGUCCCUUCAGACUACUGGGGAACGGUGGUUAUGCGGAAUUCGGAGAUCCCACCGUCCUGCGUGUUUGAAGAGUAUCAAAAGGCCAUCAUCGCCAAAUGUGAUCCUCUCGACGGCGCCACUGACGGCCUGAUUUCCAGCCACGAGGUUCUGGAAACUUGCGACUUCGAUCCAGACAGCUUGGUCGGCAUGACCUUUUCCUGCGGCGAAGGUUGCGUGGUUCCAGAUCCUUUCACCCUCAGAAAGAAGGUGCCUUGCAAAUCGACACAUGACCUGACGAUAACCGCAAAUCAUGCCGAUAUUGUGCGCAAGAUCCUCCAGGGUCCCCGCACUGCCAAGGGGAGACAACUCUGGUACGGGUUGACUCCUGGCGCCGAUUUCGCCGUGCAUGCAAACGUUGUCCUCAACGAAAAUGGCACCAGGGAAGUUGUCCCUUUCGUUGUCGCCGAGGGUUGGCUCAAAUACUUUGCCCUUCAGGAUGCGAGUCUCGACAUGACCAAGAUGACUCAUCCGGAGUACGAACAUGGUUUUGAGCAGUCUGUGACCCUGCUUGGGCCACUCUGGGGAAACCAGCAGCUUGACUUAUCUGGAUUCAAACAAGCAGGUGGCAAACUGCUGACAUGGUUCGGCAUGGCAGACGAAUACAUCAAUCCACGUGGUAUGCUGCGGUAUCGGGAGGGUUUGGAGAAGACCUUCGGCGGAGCGGAUGCCGUCGACGAGUUCCAGUUGCUUUUCUUGGCUCCCGGUGCUGGCCAUUGCGUUGGUGGACCAGGGCCUAACCCGGUGGAUGCCAUUGGAGCGUUGGUGUCAUGGGUGGAAGACGGUAAAGCUCCUGAUGUUUUGCCAGCGUCCACGAAGACCGAAGAAGGCGUCGAGAUCACCAGGAAUCUGUGCCGUUACCCAAAGACGUUGGUAUACCAACAAGGAGACGUCAACAAGGCAAGCAGCUUUUCAUGUUCAGAUGUUGGUGGCGGAAGUGGCCACGCCGAACUAUAG